AUGUCACUACGACUACUAACUUUUUGUCUUUUCUUGGUUAUCAUUCCGCAAGUGCUAUCGGAAACUCUUCUGGAACGACUAGACGCUAAACGCAAGCAUCCACGACAUCACAUUGUAGAUUUCAACUAUGGUAGCGAUGCCAUUGCUGGCCCAAGAUCCGUGAAUCAAGUCGGGACAUUCCGUGGCAGGCCCAUCAUCAGCCGUCAGAAUAUCGCUUUCGUCGACAAUGAAGGUGUACCCAUGGCACUUCUGGGGUCACAUUCCAAGGAUCAAUAG